AUGGCAACGCGGGAGAAGAAGGCCAGAUCCGUGACAGCCGAUUCUCCGACACCAUCCCUGGGCAGUGCGCACGGUGGCAGCGGUAGCUAUCUGAACAGUGGCGGCAGCAGCACCCUUGUGACCAGUUCCAAUACCACUACGACGGGCAACGCACUGACGUUGACGACGGUAGGUGGUGGCGGUGGGGGUAGCGUAUCCGCUCCAACAACACCGACGUCCACCAGGAAGCGACUGGCCAGCACGGGCAAUGCCAGCAACAACAGCACCGGCAGUAGUGGCAACAACAGUGGCCUAGGCAGUAGUGCCAGUAGCGCCAGCGUUGGCAGCAUAUCGAGCACUCGUGGAUCCUUGAGCAGGCUAAAGUCAAAGCAACUGCAACAAACGGCUGGUGACGAGACGGUGCAAGACGACACAACAACGACCGCUGAAGGCGGCGGUUCACUGUUGUCCGUCGUCACCACGACGCCACGGACGACGCGCGGUGGAACGUUGCGCGAGGAAUCAUCGCCAUCCUCCACGGCCGGUGAUCGAGGUGAAGAUCGAACCCUGGCGGCGGCGGCGGCAUCAUCAUCAUCGGUAGGCGGUGGUGCACUGAAGGAUCUAACCAAAUCUCCCGCCAUCGGUGCGCGGCGUGCUGCGGCGGCGAUCGCCGCUACGAAGUUUCCCGGCAGGGCAUCUUCGACUGCCGCGAUCGGCGCCACAUCAACUACCUCCACGCGGGCCACCAAUCGGAAGCAUCAUCGGGGUCUUGGGCUGAAGCGCACCACUCUGCUGAAGCGCAAGGGAAAGAAAAUCAUCGUUAAGCCGGUGCUCGGCAGGAAGGGUGGUGUCGCACGCCGGGCACUGGCUGCGGUGGCCACGAAAGCAACGGCGGGGCCAAGCGUUUUGCGUGGCGCGACAGCCGCAUCGACCACGACAGCGGUCAAAAAGGAUCCCGCACCAUCGACGGUGCGAGGAGUCGAAGCACUAUCCGAGAACCGUACGGCGACACCGAGCUUGCGGAAUGGUAAACCACGCAACUCGGACAGCCCGGUGCCGAAACGGAAAGCGGCCAUCGGGGCCACAGCCGGAGUGAAACCAGAACCGCCGGUCCACAAAUCCCCUGAUAGCUCCUCCGAGCGACGACGCUCGGAAUCGGUCCUCAAGUGUUCCGCCGAGCCGACGGUAGAGGAUGGCGACGACGACGACGCAGCGGUGGUAGCACCCAGCCUAGACAUCAAGCGUGAGCUGAUCGAUGCGGACACGAAAACCAAAUCGUUCGUGUUGGACAAAAUGUCGGAGACAUUCAACGAGCGGAAGGGCGUUGUAUCGCCGGUUGUGAGCGAGAAAGGUGGAAACACGCUGCUGCGGCGCAGUAUGCGCCAGCGGAAGAGUACGGCGCGCGACAAGGAAGACUUUGUCAGCCCACGGCAGAAACCAUCGGGGCUGGGGAACACCGCCACGGUUGUGAUCAAAAUCGAACCGUUCGAACGGUGUGAUUCGGCAUUAGGCGACCCACUAGAGAUGGGUUUGGGAGCAGUGGCGGACAGACAGUCACCGGUGGCGGCACCGGCGGCGGCAGCGGCGGAACCACUAACGAUCGAUACGACCGAUGAGCGACGAAUAGUGGUGGAAGCACCGAAGGACGGCACCGAGGCUGACUCAGACACAUCCACCCAUGUUGAGGAUGUACUGCUACCACCGGAACCUACAUCCACCGUGGCCGUUGCCGUGGUGGAGCUCGUGGAAGAAAAGGACACGUCGUCGCUCAGCCCGGAGCUGGUCAGUGAGGGUGUGUCGGAGCUGAGCGUGAAGGAGUGCUACGCGGAGCCCGCCUUUCUCGAGAAUAAUCUCGGUAUCGAGAAGGACCCGAAGCUGGGCGAGAUCGUGCAGGAACGCUUCUGGUACGACAAGGUUAGUGGGGACGAAGUUAGUAAUGGUGGUGCUUGUGAGGAGGGAGCCGAGGUGGAGGAGGAAGUGGACGCAAAACGAGAGCAGGAGCUACCCAUGGAUCGUAAAGAUUCGGAGAAGGAGACAGAGGAACGAGAGCAGGGCAAGGAGAAGGCGGAAGAGGAGGAGGAGGAGGGAAGCGAGGAGAAAGAGGACAAAACGAUCGUCAAUCUAGCGCCGGAAGAUCUAGACGAACACGAAGAUGUUGUGGAAGUGCAGGAGGCAGAUGAUGAUCCUAUGAUCAUCGAUGACGAUCAACCGAUUGCCGUAAUAGUCGUCGAGGAGCACAGCAAUGGUGGUGAUGAUCACGAGGUGGUGGUGACGAAAAACAGUGUCGUGGUGGAGCAGGAUGAGUCACACGAACUCGAUGCUGGUGGCGUUAGUCAAGGGCAUGAAGAUCAGCAGCAGACCAGCGAGGCAACGAUGGACCCGAUCACGAAUGGUCCAGCAAUGGGCACACAGCGCUCAUCAUCACUCUCAGGGGCCGAGGAAGAGGACGUGGCCAUUGUGGAUGUAUCAAAGACUGAACUGAUGGCGGAUGAUUCUGCUUCACCGGCACCGGUGGCUGAUGCCAUCACCACCCCGCCGGUGGUCGUUAUUGACGACGGAGAAGACGACGACGACGAUUUGACGGACAAGUCCGAUCAGGAAGGUGGCGGUAGCGAUACGAAGACUGAAAACGUUUCAAAAACGGCAACUCAACCCGGCUGUUCCGGCGAUAAACAUCACCGCGGGGGUUCGCAAUCCCCGAGGGCGAACGGCGAUAGUAGUGGAAGCGAAAAAUCGUGCUCCAGCACCAGCGGCCAUCAAACAGGAGCUGCGGCGGCGACGGCAGCCCGCACAGGAGGUGUGAAAGCAAGCCCAGCCGGUGGCACCCCAUCGAAGGCUAAGGCCGGUGGCACCAGCCAAGGGACGCACGGGAACGGCAAGGGUUCGAAGGGUGGUCGCACCACUAAGGAAAAGCCGAAAGAGGACGAAAGAACGCGCGAGGAAAAGUUGCGCCAGGAGAAGCUGCGCGUCGAGGAGAAGGUGCGCGAGGAGAAGCGGCGGGCCGAGCGUUUGGAAGCCGAGCAGCGUUUGCUGCUGCACGAACGGAAACCGGUGGAAAAUGGUAGCCUGGUGGUGGAAGACGGACGAGCUUCGAACGCUGGCAGCCAUCCAUCGAGCCCGAUUAGUGGCGAUGGCGAAGGCGAACGGAAACCAGAAGUCGACAGUCCGACUCCGGUGCCCGCGGCUACGACGCUUAUCUCGCUCGGGGCGCUCAAUUUACCGGCCAUCACGAUUGUCAAGAAGGACAACAACGGAGCCACCCCGACGGAGCCACCAUUGGCGGAUGCCGUCAAGGACGAAGAUAAGGAACUGACGGCGACCCAAAAGCCAAAGGCCGCCAAGCUGGAAAUGGUGCCGCUCAAGAAGGAGUCGUCGUCGUCAUCGCCACCGCCAGCCACUGUUCCGACGGCGAAGGACGAGAAAGGACCGACCAAGGACACCAAGGGGUCCGGCGAUUCCGUCGAGUCACCGUUGCAGAUUAUUUCCAAGAGCGAAGCGGCCGCCGCUGCCGUAACCGUGACGAAGACGCUCAACGGAAGCGGCAACAAGUUGUCGCUCUCGUUGUCGUCGUCGACGAGUAUAAUCAAAAUCGAAAGCAGUAGCGGUGGCGCGUCGGAAGAUGACCGGAAGGAGCUCCUGACCGGCAGCAGCAGCAAACGCACCACGGAAGUGGUGGCCCAGCUGCCGGCGGAACCAGCGGCCACAUCUCCGGCGCCCGCUGCGGUCCUAGAGGAAUCCGAUGACGUGGCGAAACAGAAGGAAUCCCACCUCAAGCACCUUGGCCUGCUCACGAUUCGGGCGGCGUGCGAAGAGAAACAACGGCGAGCGGAGCAGAAGCCUGCGGUGGCUCCGACAACCACCUCACCGUCGGUGGCCGAUAUGAUGGCGCGCGACGAUGGCCACACGGUGGCCGGCAGAGAAGGAUGGCUGGCAGCGGCCAUCAGCCAAUCUGCGGGCGGCAGCGGCAGUGGUGCCGGCGGUGGCGGUCGAAGUGGCAAUAAAUCAACGCGCAGCUCGAAGGAUGAGUACACGGUUUCGAUGAAAACCGUACUGAUGAAGGGCAGCUCCAGUGGGGCGCGAGGUGGCGAAAAGCGCAAACAGCAACGGAUGCCCCUGAAGAUGACGUUUCAGAAGGGAAAGGGCAAAAGCAGUGGCAGCGGUGCCACCCGACGCAACUCAUCACACGGCGGCGGCAGCAGCGGAUUCUCCGGCACUGCGAACCACCACGUUAGCAACGGUGGCUCCGGUUCCGCCAGCGGCUACGUCACUGACGGUGGUCCGAACAACGGCGGCGGACAAGACUUCUACACGAUCCACAGUAACGAGGCUGAUCACCAUUCGUCCAACUCCUCCGAUGGACACACUCACCGCGGAGAGGGUGGAAGGAAAAGUCAUAGUCGAUCACACACCACCGAUGGUGUGGGGCCAGCGGACGCGGUUGCUGGAGAGACCUCGUCGUCGAAGGAGGCAAUACAGACUUCGUUGGUUAUCCCGGAGAAGGCUUCAUCGUUCAACGUACACCCGGAACGCCUGUGCCAGGAUCAGUGCUUUUACUGUGGUGGCAAGUUCGGACUGUUCGAUACGCCCUGUCACAUUGCUGCCCUUAAGUCGACCGAGCGGCAGCAGAAAAUUUUGCUUGGUACGUUUGAAUCCAAAAUCUCGCUCGACAGUUGCCUGUGCGAUGCGUGCUUUCGCCACGUGGACCGCAAAGCGAAUUGCCCGUCCCAAAAGAAAAAGGUUACAACUGCUACAGCCACCACGCCUGCAUCAUCGUCCUCGGCUAGUAGCGCUACUGGGGCCCCCUCUCAGUCGACCGUCUCGCCGAUUGUGAUCAAAGUGACCACCAACAAGGACGGUUCGACGAGCAUCGCCGGCCAACAACAGCAGCAGCAGCAACACCCGCCACUGUCGCUGAUCGAUGAUGGCAACGGUGGCAAAAUUUGUGCCGUACGGCAGUGUAGCGCAAAUACCGUGCAGCCCCUGCGCCGGAAGUGGGUGCUGAAAAUGAAGCGCAAAAUUAUCAAACACCUGGACAUUAAUCUCGAGCAGGCGACCAAAGCGACCGCCGAAAGUAUCUUCAUCUGUAACAAGCACUACGAGCAGAUCGGCCACCUGAUGAUAUGCGCCAUGUGUACGAAACCGCUCCAGCGGAACGGGGUGUACCAUGUGUAUAAUAAUAUUUCACAAUUAGAUCGCCUGAUCCAGGAGCAGGGCGUACCGGGCCUGAGGCUGAGCAGUUCGGAACUGGUCGUGUGUAAAUUAUGUAGAUAUUAUGCUAAUCUAUUGCUUAAGCCACCGGAUGCCAAAUCCCAAAAGGCUCAAUUUAUUAAGAGCUACAAUCGAAAAUUGUACAAUACACGGAACCGGAACAGCGAGUCACAGGAGGAGGAAGUCGAGAUGGUGCAACACGUUGACCCAUCGUUUGCGCUGAUGAACGCGUCAGCGUGUGCCGCCCGGCAACCGGCGACCGUAGACAUUGUUAUUUCGGUCGGGGAUGACGAAGAGGCGGAAGACGAAGAAGAGGAAGUCCGGGAGUGCCCUUCGCAGCUUCAGCCCGCGAUGGAGCACCAACAGUUCCAAUCGGUGUCCGAUCUGUUCUCAAUAGGCGACAGUUCCGUGUCGUUGCAGCGGCGUGUGAACUCGAGAAAAUCGCCGGAUGUGAGCAUCGUCGAGAACAAUGGCGCAACACAAAUGGGCGACCUGGGCGAGAUCACCAUCAUACCGACGACGAAAAGUUUGUCCUCUGCCAACAGCAUCACCCAGCACCAGCCGCCGCCGGCAACACGCGAUGACGACAAUAUCGAUAUGACGAAGGUGCUGAAAUCGAAUCCAAACAUUUCGAUGCGUGAACUGUUCCCGGGCGAGGAGGAGCUAGGCAUUCACGUGAACAUUCCGUUCAGCUCGUCGUCGAUGCGCACGCCGGAGGGAUGGACCAAGGAGACGGCCACCAUCCAGUACGACGAUAGUACGCGAGCCUUGUGGGAGGAGCUGCAGGAACCUUACGGCAAUCAGUCGAGCUUCCUGCGCCAUCUGAUACUGCUCGAGCGCUACUUCCGCAACGGGGAGUUGGUCCUGUCGCCGCAGGCCAAAACAAGCGCCACGAGCUACGCGGAAGCGAUGCAAAACCGGUUACGCUCGUACGAUAACAAACCGACUCCAUCGUCACCGCCGGCACUCGCUUCACUGACCCCUUCGACAUCCGUCGUUCUGCCGGCGCAGCUCGACAAGGCUACCAACAUUUUGCAACAGUUUAGCAACGCAACCAUCACCAUUGUGCCGGCAUCACGUGUACGGCCGAAGGCGACGGCAACGAGUACUGCCGGUGGCAGCAGUGUUGCAGAUGGCUUGUCUACGACGGCACCGAUUAGUUUGUUAAAAUCGAACAAUCUUCACCUGAGCAGUGGCGGCUACGACCAGCAUCAUACGGUUGCAAGUAGUUUGAAGCGUAAACUUUCAAACGAAGGCAAGUCGCUUGCGCCACCAUCCCUUGCUACGGUGACCACCAUGCCUGUUGCGAAGGUAGCCAAACUGGACGAUCCCACUAAGCUUCCUUCAUCCAUGCCACCGGAGCUGAUUAGCAUCAAUCGUAAGCCGAACGUUACGAUCACCACCAUUCCGGUGGCUCGUUUUGCGCCACUUCAACCGCAACAACAAUCCCUUCUGCAACCAACAUCAUCGCAGUCACUGUUGCAACAGCAACCACAGCCACAGGCAGUGCCGUCAGUUAGCCAUAUCGCUUCGAAGCAAUCGUCACCUACGGGCAUCGCAGAUGGGUCGAGCACUGCGAAAGAAAUCAUCCAAAUGCCGGACCAGCUAACAGAAGCGGAGCGCCGCAAAUCGUCACCUCCGUGGCGCCCGACGCUUCUUCCGAUCGCACCGGGCGUAACGGAGAGCUUGAAGGCGGGCCCGCAGUAUAAGACAGCCGAUGGUCGGUUGCUCCCGAAGCUGGUGCAGGUAAUGUCGGGCGGCAAGCCGUACCACAUCUCGAUCAACGACUACAACCGAAUGUGCAUCCUGCGACGGGAGAAGCUUAUUCAGCAGCAGCUUCUGUCGGCCAACAAGCGCCCAGGGCUGCAGCAGCCGCCGCAGCAAACCACGAAACAAGCCUCGUCAUCCAUUUCACCUUCGGCACCUAGUUCGCUUCCUAGCCUGCGUUUAACUACGACUAUUUCCGAGGGAGCAGCAGCCACGGUUAGCCAACCGGUGGCCACGGCGAAAAUGGUGCAGAUUCCGAAUCAAAUCUUCGAGCAAAAUUCAUUGAUCCCGAUCAUCGGCACAACGAGUGCCGGAGGCACCACCAAACUCGGCACGACGGCCAGUUCACACAAAAGCAGCAGCCUUACGGUAACCAUGACUACUACUUCAGCCAGCAACAAUAACAAUAUUAACAGCCUUACGAAACUAAACAGCGCGCCGAAACCGCUGUCACUGCCCAACAGUACCACCGUGUACCCGAUGACAAUUACGGCCAACACGAUCACGCUUCCGUCAGCCGCGUACUCGGUGGCACCCGGUACGGCCAUCUCCUCACCCGUCUCCAAUAGUUCCGUCACGUCGUCGUUAAUGUUGACCUCGGCAACGUCACCGUCGCUUAUAAGCGGCAACAGCACCACCAGCAACAACAGCAACGUACAGGUCACGCUAAACUCGACAACGGCGGCACCGGUGGCGACCAGCAGCAAUCCGAUUGAGCAGCUGCUAAAAAGUGGCAACUUGGUGUCCCAGGCUCAGCUGCACGCGUUCGUGGCAGCCGCCGCAGCUGCCGGGAUGGCAGGGACCACCGGGUUGGGCAGCACCACCACGACCGAUAAUUCGGCCGCUCAGCUACUUUCGAAGAUACCAAAAUCGUUAACUGUGAUACCACAACAGAAACAAAGAUCAAUGUCCCGCGUUUCCUCGAACGAGGACCAAAACAGUGCCUAAAGAGAAAACAAGUGGCAGGGAAGAAGACGGUCGAUCGGUUGCGACGUGCACUACGAAUAGGGUGUGUGUACAGUUCUCAUACGCGCGAUUGCCCCACGACGGAACACGUACGAUUGCAAACCACCUGGGGCGUAAAAAUGCUGAACGAGAAGGAAAACUGAUUUAAUAUUGUAUUAUAGUAAGCUAAAUUGAACAUUUUUCUUUUAGAAACAGAAAUAGGAAAACAAAAAGAGAAAAACAUAACAAGGCGAGUCAUGUUUAACCCAGCGCGUUAAGGUGAAGGUCUAACAAAAGAGUUAGGUCCCUGAGUAUAAUACACCACAACAAAACGACGGUAUCUUUAAAUUGGCCUACCUGAUAAUAGGAUACGAGAAAGUACACAAAACAAACCACGGAAUGGUCAUGUGAAUUAGAAAUCAGGAACGGAAGUUGAAAUGCGGUUAUGUGAAAGGAAUAAUCAAAUCUACAUGUUCCUACUUUUGUUUAAUUGCUCUUUUUAUCUCUUUAUCUUUUCUUUUUCUAAAAUAUCUUCUUAUAGCUUUCCUCUAGUCAUUGCGUUUGGACGCAAGUUGCCCGCAAAGUUUCUCAAAUGCACGUCAAUUGAUAUACAUCUUCCACUGCUUCCGAUAGGUUUGCUUUGGGCCUGUGAAGAUUGAUCGAAUAGCCCUCAUCUCCUUGUUUAUGCCACCAGUAAAUCGGCGCGGAGUGAACAUUGUAAUAUAUUACCGAAGAGAACGGAAGAGCAGUGACUUGAGGAUAGGUUGUCGUGAAAACUACACAUAUCGUUCAAUGAGUCUUCUCGAAGGCCCACAAAUGCACACACAUUCCACUCCACGAUGGACGCUAGUAUCCAGCGGGAUCGCGUUCGGGGUUUAAAUUGGACCUUCCAACCAAGCCUCUUUCCGCUUGACUGCAAUAAACUGCUAUUUGGUUCAUAAUGUGUUUUUUGUGUUGACAAACAUUUAACCGUAGUACGCCACUGACUGGUUUGGUUGAACUCUGGAAUACAGUCAUUGGAAGAAAGGAUAAGAAUAAGGUGUUUUGUAUCGCGCGAUAUGUGUGAAUGGCAGAAAGUGACAAGGCGAGUGUCCUAAAGUCCCACCCGAUGUAGAAGAUCUUAACUGAUCCACUGAAUAAAUCAGGCAACGCGUUUGUAAAGUUCUUUCGUUAAAUUUAAUUUAUUACUAUUUAGUAAUCACAGCGUUAAGUUAGGUGUACAAUACAGCACAUUGGUAUAAAGAAUCGCAUCUUUAUUCAAUAUCAGAAUAGCAAUCGUAAUAAAUAAGCAAUUCCUUUUACUACACCAUCAUCCACACUGUUCGAACAUUCGAAGCGAUAAGACAAGCCUCGUGUGACUACAGUUUAGAGUUUGGGAAUCGCAUUAGAAGUGCGUAAGAAUUGUACGAGGAACGGGCACCUACAAUCUCCUUGCACAGUAACGCAUUGAAACCCUUUUCGUCAUAUUUCAAUCCGUAAACUAAGGGCUCUACCUGCUCAACUCGCAUUGGACCAUCGCAGGACGUGCACGUUUACGUUUGUAUCAUUGUAUACCACACUUUCAUCGGUUUAAGUUACAAUGUUAGAUCGUUAGUUUUUGUCCCUAUCGAUACCGAUUGAGCAAUAAGUCUCCGAACAAUUAUACGAUAAGAGUAAUUACAGACUUUGCUUACUUACGAAGGCAUAAACAUUGUCGAUCAAAGGGGCACCCCACAUGGUGGUAUGUUGAAAGUGUUUGCGCUUCGAAUCAAAUCUGUAAGGACCUUGUCUCUCCGAUGAUGGGCAAAGACGACCAACCCUUAGCAAUUGAAUGGUAGGCGCAAGCGUCCAUUUGGGACAACCGAUGCCAAUCGCACCGAAUAGUUUAACAGUGUUCAAAUUAAACAACCAAACGUACGGGCAGAGGAUCGAGGAUCGCUAGUAAUUGAUUAUCUGGAUUGAGUUGUGUUAUGAUGAUAGUACUGCUGCUCUUAUUCAAACCGGUCGUUGCGUUUCUCAUACUCAGUAGCUAGCCACUAGCAAUGGACAGUUUAGUCAGCGAACUAGAAUCAGAACCAAUUCCGUCGCCUACAGUACGGCUAUACUGCUUUGUGAAGACAUCGGUGGCGUGGGAUAUGAACCUUAUGGCUCGGAACGGCUAAAGCUACCUAGAAAAAGAAGAAACGACAGGGGUUAAAACUAAUUCAUUGCCAUGCAGCAAAUGCGUGCCGCAUGAAAACAAAAGAAGAAGAAAAACAUUGAAGAAAACAUAUUUUUACUAUGACCUGUAUAAUCUAUUAUAUAUAUAUAUAUAUACAUAUACAACGCAGAAUAAGAUUUACGAAGGCAAGAAACUAUAAAGCGAACCACAACAUGUGGGGUGUAUUGUGGCAAGUGCAAGCCGUGAUUACGAUGGACAAGUGUUGUAGCAUCGACGAUCGUAAACCCAUUUGAAAGGAAUAAAAUU